UGCUGCCGCCGUCGCUGCUGUCGCCGCCGCCGCGACCUCCGCGUUCGGGAGUAGAAUUCGGAAUCCCUGCGCCCGGCUAACAAUGAAGCAGAGUUCCAACGUGCCGGCUUUCCUCAGCAAGCUGUGGACGCUUGUGGAGGAAACCCACACCAACGAGUUCAUCACCUGGAGUCAGAAUGGACAAAGCUUUCUGGUCUUGGAUGAGCAAAGAUUUGCAAAGGAAAUUCUUCCUAAGUACUUCAAACACAAUAACAUGGCGAGCUUUGUGAGACAACUAAAUAUGUAUGGCUUCCGAAAAGUAGUACAUAUAGAAUCUGGAAUUAUCAAACAGGAAAGAGAUGGCCCUGUUGAAUUUCAGCAUCCUUAUUUCAAACAAGGCCAGGAUGACUUGUUGGAGAACAUUAAAAGGAAGGUUUCAUCUUCAAAACCAGAGGAAAAUAAAAUUCGUCAGGAAGACUUAACAAAAAUUAUUAGUAGUGCUCAGAAGGUUCAAAUAAAACAAGAAACUAUUGAGUCCAGGCUCUCAGAGUUAAAAAGUGAGAAUGAAUCCCUUUGGAAGGAGGUGUCAGAAUUAAGAGCAAAGCAUGCACAGCAGCAACAAGUUAUUCGGAAGAUUGUCCAGUUUAUUGUUACAUUGGUUCAGAAUAAUCAACUUGUGAGUUUAAAGCGUAAAAGGCCUCUACUUCUGAACACAAAUGGAGCCCCAAAGAAGAAUCUAUAUCAGCACAUAGUCAAAGAACCAACUGAUAAUCACCAUCAUAAAGUUCCACACAGCAGGACUGAAGGUUUAAAGUCAAGAGAACGGAUUUCAGAUGACAUAAUUAUCUAUGAUGUUACUGAUGAUAAUGUGGAUGAAGAAAAUAUUCCAGUUAUUCCAGAAACAAAUGAGGAUGUUGUAGUUGAUCCCUCCAACCAGUAUCCUGACAUUGUCAUUGUUGAAGAUGACAAUGAAGAUGAGUAUGCUCCUGUCAUUCAGAGUGGAGAGCAGAGUCAACCAGCCAGAGAAUCCUUACAUGUGGGGAGUUCUGGCAGCAGCAGCCCUCUCAUGUCGAAUGCUGUCCAGCUAAACAGCUCCUCCAAUCUGACCUCAGAAGACCCUGUGACCAUGAUGGACUCUAUUCUGAAUGACAACAUUAACCUAUUAGGAAAGGUUGAGCUUUUGGAUUACCUUGACAGUAUUGACUGCAGUUUAGAGGACUUCCAAGCUAUGCUCUCAGGAAGACAAUUUAGCAUAGACCCAGAUCUUCUGGUUGACCUUUUCACUAGUUCUGUGCAGAUGAAUCCCACAGAUAACAUCAAUAAUACAAAAUCUGAGAAUAAGGGAUUAGAAGCUACCAAGAGCAGUGUUGUUCAACAAGUUUCAGAAGAGGGAAGAAAAUCUAAAUCCAAACCAGAUAAACAACUUAUCCAGUAUACUGCCUUUCCACUUCUUGCAUUCCUUGAUGGGAACUCUGCAUCUGCUAUUGAACAGGGGAGUACAACUGCAUCAUCAGAAGUUGUACCUUCUGUAGACAAACCCAUAGAAGUUGAUGAGCUCCUGGAUAGCAGCCUGGAUCCAGAACCGACCCAGAGUAAGCUUGUCCNCCUGGAACCAUUGACUGAAGCGGAAGCUAGUGAAGCCACACUCUUCUAUUUAUGUGAACUUGCUCCUGCACCUCUGGAUAGUGAUAUGCCACUUUUAGAUAGUUAAACUCCCAAGUGGACACUGUAUAUAUUCAUCAAAAUGAUGAAGUAUUUAUUUUAAAGUAUCAUUUGGUACUUUGUUUUGUAAAUUACUUU